AUGAUCUCCUUUUGGCGGCAACUGCGUUUUCUUCUUUGGAAAGGAUAUUUGGUGAAGAGACGGCAAAAAAAAUGGUUGGUGGCCGAGUUGUUGACGCCGAUUUUGCUCUUUUUCAUUCUGGCGAUGAUCCGAUUACGCGAUUUCACGACGAGUGGAUCUGAAUGCCAUUUCGAUUCCAAAGGUUUCCCCUCAGCCGGCCUUCUUCCAUUCACUCAAAGUUUUCUCUGUUCAAUCACAAAUCGAUGUAAUCGAGGUUUUGUUACGACAGGAGAUGAAGGAGCUGAGAUCAACUUCGAUACAUCCAAUCAAUCAGCACUGAUUCGAACGAUGCGAGAGUUGUCGACUCAAUUUGAGAACAUUGGGGCAAAUACGGUUCUUUUCGAGGAUUUUGUGUCGGCAGCCGUGUCAAUCAUCAAAUUAGCCGCUGAUUACAACGAGACAUCGGGUGUACCGAUUGUAAAGCUUUUCACCCAUCGUGAUGUGGCUCUUCAAACACUUGAACGUCUCGAAUUGUCCCCACAUCUUCGAGAAGCGCUAGUUAGCGCCACUUUAACAGUACCUGGGAUGCUCGCAAUUAGGGAAUAUGCUAUGAUGCACACAAAUGAUUCGAUUGUCGACACGGUUUUCUCGGCUUUCGAGGCGGUACCUUUGCUCUGCAAUAAAACGAUUUUCGAUCAGGCUUUCAAUUUCCCACAAGCAGUCCAAAUGACCGAAGCGGAUCGGGAAGAGUUGUGCAACUUGCGGACAACGGAUCUGAUUUGGUUGGCACAGAAAAUCGACAAGGGAAAUCUGCAGAAAGAGUUGCAAGAAGUCGGCCUGAACAUGAACCAUCUCAAUCAAUUGUACACGAGACGUGGCGAGGUUCUUCACAUGUUCGAUCCUCUUGUGAACAUUGUCGAGAUUUGGAGAGAAUUUAAUGGAACCGAUAAACAAAGCAUUAUCGAUUAUUUCUUUUGCGGAGAAGAUCCAUUGGACCAAACAGCUUCCUCAAAUCUGCCACCGGAGAAGACGGUGGAGACUUUAUUGGACAAGAUUAUGGAUCCCGUCAGACAAUUCGUAUUACGAUUGACUCCAGGUCGAGAUGAUACCGGCAAUCAGACACAUUGCUAUAAUGUAAAAUUACAUGAUGAUCUUGAAUGCUCACAAUUGGAAUCACAAGCGAUUCGCCAACUUCGACCAAUGCUUUCUGGAUAUAUUCUUGUCUCUCCUGAUGCGCCUGUUGUGAGGGAUCUUGUGAAAAAGCUAGAAGACCCAUUGCGUCAAUGGCAGCGAUUAUUGGACACAUUAAAAGAAAUGGGUGGAACGAGUAAUGCUUUUCAGGGAGUGCUACAUGAAAGCACUUUGGCCAAAGGUUUACGAGUGUUGGCCAAAUGGGGAGAAAAGGAAGGUUUUAUCAAGAAUGAGACGUUGGCUUUGCUCGAGGCGUUACUUGGACCUGAAGGAAGUCCGCUGGCUUUUGGAACAGAGCUGGGAAUUGUCUUGGAAACAGUCAACAACUAUUCGAAAUGCCUGAUAGCCGAUCGUUUCCGAAUGAUGCCAAAUGAGACCGAGUUAGAAAAAGUGGCCAUGUGUCUUCAGCCACAUCAACAAUAUUUCACUUCAAUCGUUUUUCCGGAUCUAGCCUCUGAUGCAACGAAAUUCAACGAAACAGUCGUUUACAAGAUUCGACACGAGCAAAAUCUGGUUGAUGGAACGGACAGCAUCGCUGAUUCGAAUAGAAACACUGAACCAAGAAAUAAUCCGAUUCGUGAUUUAAAAUAUCUCACCUUUGGGUGGUCUUUCCUUCAAGAAGCUAUCGAUCGAGCGUUGAUUGAGAUGCAGACAGGUGAACGUCCUCCAAUCGGCGUUUACUCCCAACAAGAGCCAUAUCCAUGUAUCGUUUCUGAUCAUUUUGAUGUCUCACAAUUCAUGUCGUUUUUCGUCGUUCUCUCAUGGAUUAUCCCAUCAGCGAUGCUCGUGAAAAAUAUCGUUUACGAGAAAGAACACAAGUUAAAGGAGUUGAUGCGAAUCAUGGGUUUGGGUGACACGAUUCAUUUCCUUUCUUGGGCUUUCAUUUCCUUUGUGCUUAACACGAUCUCCGUGCUCGUCAUCUCGCUCAUUUUAUGGAUCGGAAAUCUCCUGGGUCACACGAAUUUCUUCAUCAUUUUCAUGGUUUUGAUGCUUUUCGCACUUUCUUCUAUAGCUCUAUCAUUAUUGAUAACGACGUUUUUCUCGAGCUCAAACAUUGCCACCGCCACCACAGCAUUUAUCGUUUUGCUUUUCUCAUUUCCUUUUAUGCUCUCAAAGAAUAUCAACAGUUCGCUUUAUGCGAAAGUGACGCUUUUAUUACCACAAACGGCAAUCGGUUAUGCAUUCAAAAUGUUGGGUGAAGCGAAUAAAGAAGAUGCGGCCGGAUGGAAAGAUUUGGGACAUAUGCAAAUUGAACAAUUCGACGUGAAGAUGUGGGAAUGUCUGGUGGCUCUCGUUGUGCACAUUUUCCUAUUCUCGAUUCUUUCUUGGUAUAUCUCGGCGUUGUUUCCGGGAGUUUACGGAGUUGGUCAACGCUGGUAUUUCCCAUUCACUUUACGGUAUUGGAUGCCAAGAUUAGCGUCAAGACGGGUCUUGACUGAAGUGGAGAAUGGUGGCACAGUAAAUGAUACUUUAUAUGAUCCGGCACUUGGCUUUGAAGCAGAACCAAAUGAAGGCACAUAUCAAGUGAAUAUCCAACAUUUAUCAAAAGUCUAUUCGAACAAUGACGUGAAAGCGCUUGAUGAUCUCUCUUUACGACUGUAUGAGGGACAAAUCACCGCCUUACUUGGACACAAUGGAGCUGGGAAAACGACUACAAUGUCAUUGCUCUGUGGUUUAUAUGGUCCAAGUCAUGGUACAGCAAGGAUCUACGGUCAUGAUAUUCGUCGAAACAUUCGUGGUGUCCGAGAUGUUCUUGGCAUUUGUCCUCAACAUAAUGUUCUUUUUGCACACUUAACCGUCCAAGAACAACUUGAAUUCUAUGCGUCAUUGAAAGGAGUCGAGGAGAAGGACCUUCAAAACGAGGUCAACGAGAUUUUGGACAGUGUGGCGCUUUGGGAUAAAAAGGAUAAACUCGCGGCAACGUUAUCAGGUGGGAUGAAGAGACGGCUUUCGAUCGGAAUCGCUCUCAUUGGUGGCUCGAAAUUUGUGAUUCUUGAUGAGCCAACAGCUGGGGUUGAUGUGAACUCGAGAAAAGACAUCUGGAAAUUGUUGUUGAAACAUAAAGAAGGGCGCACAAUUCUUUUAUCCACCCAUCACAUGGAUGAAGCCGAUGUACUCUCCGAUCGAAUUGCAAUUUUGUCUGAGGGAAGGCUGAAGGCUCUUGGCAGCAGUGUUUAUUUGAAGAGGAAACAUGGGCACAGUUAUACACUGACACUUGUCAAGAAAAAGGACCUCGACACGAGUGCAAUCAAGAAAAUCGAUGAAAUUGAUGGAGUUCAUUGCAAAUUCGUUGAGGAAACCGAUGAAGAAAUUAUCUAUUUGAUCCCAAUUGAUACGCCGAGUGAAGAUUUGCAGAGAUUCUUUGAGAUAUUGGACUCGCGGAUGAUUGACUAUGGAUGUGCUGGUUAUGGCGUUCAAGCACCAUCUUUACAACAGAUCUUUGUCAACCUGGCUCCCCAAAACGAGUACGAGCUUCGCAAAGAGAAAGGACGCUUCCAACGAUGGUUCGAGUAUUUAUGCUGCAAUUGCAAGAAGAGAACUGUGGACGAUGGAGAGACGCUGAUCAUUGGACCGAAUGGAACAGAAGUUGUGCCUAAUGGAGCCGCAGCUCAGUACAUCAAUGAAAAGGAAGAUCCGUGGCUGGAAACGAAUAUUCCCUUGGACAAUUCCUAUUGGCGUCUGUCACUCGCUCACGCAAAAGCUCUCUUUGCCGCGAAAACUCUCUACACUCGAAGGAGCUUGAAAUCCGUGUUUUUCCAGAUCUUGUUACCAAUUGUGCUCCUCUUCAGUGCAGAAAUGUACGCAAAAUAUGUGGCAAAUCCAAAAGUUUACGGACGAUGGGCAAAUAUUAUCACGGCUCCACCACUCAUUCUAACAACAGCUUUAUUCGGUGAUGGAUCCGAGAGUUAUUUGAGUAUUAUGAGCGAACGAACGAACGAAACGGGAUGGCCGGACAGACUUGUGUCCACAUUUCAACAUGAUCCCGGUGUUGGUGUACGCUGUUUGCCAUACACGAUUGACCUCAUUACAAACGCAUCGGCGCCUCACCAAGUCGAAAAUAGCACCGAGAUUGAAGAGGCUUUCUUCACAAAUGAAGCUUCACGAUCGAAAAACAAUGAGAGUUUAAUCGCAAAGAUGAACUACAAAUUCGACGGGAGAGAUGCGGGAGGAGAAUUGGGAAGGAAAAUAUCAUCACUACAAUUCAAUCCAACUUGCUAUCGACCCCAAUCACCGAAUGACACUUUUGUUCUUGAAGGAGCGAAUCUCGACGAUAUUCCGUACAAUGUCGAUUUCUCAUGUGGCUGUGAUCCACAUGUGGGAUGGACGUGUACACAGGAUGACUAUCCGAUCGAUGAUCUGCCGACUUUCCUCUCGGCAAACACAACCGAUGUGAUUCGGGAUUUGUCGGGCAGAAAUAUUUCUCAAUAUCGCCUCAUCACGAGAUUCGUUCACAGCUACGAGAAUAUGCAUGCAAUAAUUGGUGGCUGGUCGUUGGGACAUGAGAAUAUGCAAGCGGAUCAAGAAAAUAUUAGAGAAGUGCUCGAUGGAUUCAAUGACACGAUAACCCAGCUUUCCCUAGCUGGCAUCGAACUCGGACUGAACGGUUCACUUUGGGAAGGAAAUUCGACAAUGGUUAAUGACACAUUCACUGCUAAUUAUACUUUGGAACAAGUAAUCGCUAAUAUCUUUGCGAAUCAAGAUACAAAAGAGAAUGUGAAAAUUUGGUUUAACAAUAAAGUUUGGCCUUCGUUACCGAUUUAUUAUAAUGCGAUUAGUAAUGCGAUUUUGAGAGCAGUUGCUGUUGAGAAUCCGGAAUUGGCUAACAAGAUUGACAAUUUGGGCAUCGUUACAUUCAAUCAUCCGAUGAAUCGAACAGCUGAGGACUCGUUUGACGCUGUACAAGUACUUGCUCUUUCACUUUUUCGAGUCGUUUUGAUCAUUUUCACUUUCUGCAUCAUCCCAGCCGGUUUUGCCUCGUUUCUCGUCACGGAUCGUGAAACCCACAGUAUGCAUCUACAACUUGUUUCCGGUUUGAAGAGAAAAAUGUAUUGGCUAAUCGAGUACAUAUUUGAUUUUUCGAUUGUCAUCCUUGCCUCAUUCCUCAUCUUGAUCAUGUAUCGAUGUAUCGGCGUCCUUGAAGUCACCUAUAACUUUGCCACCGCUAUGUCCUUCUUUACUCUCUUUUUCGUUUAUGGAAUGGGCGCUCUCUUGUUCGUGUUUGUCCUUCAGCGCUUCUUCACCAUUCCCUCACUCGCUUUCAUUCUCAUCUCAAUCGGUCUCUUCUUCAUCGGCGUUGUCACUUCGAUGGUUGUGAUGGUUUUAGAGCAAUUGAUGAAAACGGAUGAAACCCUUGAAAACGCGUACAAUGUGUGCUCCGUUGUCUUCAUGAUUCUCAGUCCACAAUUCAACCUUGGAAUGGGUGUUUAUCGUGGCUCCUUUGUCUAUCAAGUCUUCCAUUUCGCCGAGAUGAUGCUUGAGUUAACCCGAGCGGAAAACGGAUUGAACCGGAAAGAUAUGAUUGAUGAGAUCCCGGUUCCACCAAUUCUCUCAUAUGAUAUUAUGGGACGACAUGUCAUGGCAUUGGCUUUCCAAUUCAUCGUCUUGCUCGUGAUCUUCAUAUUGGCUGAGAAUGGACGUUUUGGUGUCUUUCGACGAAUCGAGCGUUUGAGAACUGGAUUCGCGCUUGAGAAAUCGCGAACAGAGGAGGAUAAUGAUGUGGUCAGAGAAAGGGAUCGGGUCCGUUUCAUUCGAGAGAAAAAUGAGGAUCGAGAACAUGCGGGACUGGUUGUACACGAUCUGGCAAAAAUGUACGGCUCACAUUUAGCUGUAAAAGGCGUUUCGUUUGCUGUAGCGCCUGGGGAAUGCUUUGGUCUUCUUGGUUUAAAUGGAGCUGGUAAAACAACGACUUUCGCGAUGUUGACUGGGAAACAUCCGAUUGGACAAGGAGAAGUCGAAGUGGUUGGAUCACAAGUCGUUCAUUGUGCUUCCGAAGGCUUCCGCCAUCUUGGCUAUUGUCCACAAUUUGAUGCUCUUCAUAUGAAGCUCACCACACAAGAACAAUUGACGUUUUAUGCUCGAAUUCGAGGCGUUCCCGAGCAUAAGAUACAACAAGUUGUGAAAUCCCUUCUUUUCUCUCUUCAUCUCCGUCCUUAUGCAAAUGUUUUAACAUCGGAUUUAUCUGGUGGAAACAAGAGGAAAUUGUCGGUUGCGGUGGCUCUUGUUAGUCAACCGCCAGUCAUUCUUUUGGAUGAACCCUCAGCUGGCAUGGAUCCAGGAUCACAGCAAUUCUUGUGGACAGUUGUGACUCGAUUGAGAAAAGCAGGAAGAGCUGUUGUGCUCACAUCGCAUUCGAUGGAGGAAUGCGAGGCUCUUUGCACAAGGAUCGCUAUAAUGGAUGAUGGUCGAAUUCGAUGCAUUGGAUCAAAGCAACAUUUGAAGACAAAGUUCGGCGAGGGAUAUACGUUGACAUUGAAGACACCGGACUCGAAGAGUGCCAACGAGGCGGCUGCUUUACUCGUCGAGGGGAUCCAAGGGGCAAAGAUUACCGCCAUCCAUUGUUCCACAGUUUACGCUCAUAUCCCUGACGGAACAGCCACAGUCGCCGAGUUGCUCCAUCACGUCAAUAGGGUGAAAAGCGUGAUACCGGUCGAGGAUUUCGCUCUUUCCCAAACGACUCUCGACGAUAUUUUCCAUUCGCUUUCUGCUUCAUCACCGGUUGCUAGAUCGAGAGAAUACUCGGAAGGAAGACCCCAACAAAGUGAACAAAGUGAACAAAUCGAUCAUCUUGAGAUUCCUGAGACUCUAGACGAGACAGCGAGUAGUCGGCUAAGCACUUCCGGCUCAUCUAUUGGUCGAGAUUUUGUCCCAUCCGAUCCAGCUCCAUCAACAGAAGAUCAAAAA